UGUAGAAAUAAUCUUAGUGUCUAUACGCGGCGUCCGACUCAUACCGCGAACGCUGUCGAAGUUGUCAGCUCAUAAAUGCAUAAAUCUCAGUGCGCAGCGUCUUACGCGGUGGCCUUAGGUGCUGUCAUCGUGACGGGCACACUAUCACUUGUCGAGAAUAUACAUUCGGCUUGCACCCGUAGAUGCCUACAUGUUACACCGGCUGAACAACGACAGGAAAUUUGUGGUCGAUCAGGGGCAUGCGGCGUUGGGUAUAUAAUGGGCAAGGUUGGUUAACAAAUAGUAAAGGAACCAGAACAUGCGGUUAAGGAUACGAGAGACAUGCAAAAGCUCGCGAAACAGUGAGCGUACCUAGAGCGUACCCAGCGGCACUUGGGUGGCAGUCGUCGACAUCGAUGUCCUUGGCACGGGAAGCUGAAACAUUCGCGACACAGAACCUUUACGCGUACGGCAGGACCCC